ACUAUUGUUCAUCAAGAGUUUUCAUGUUUGAGUGUUCACAUACAUACGGUAAUCUGUUCAGAGUCACUUGCAGUGUCUAUAUUGUUUGACAACAACUGUACAUCUGAUAUUAUCAGUUUCUUUUGAUCUGUUAGCAUUGGAUACACAAUGGCUUCUAACUACAGAGAGGUGUGUAUGGAGAUAUACUUCAACGGUGAAUUCUACUGCGGUGAUAGUUGCUGGGUACCAGAUGGGGAAGAGGUGGAGUUGGAGUUUCAGCUCACCGAUGCCAUCUACGACCUUAUCGGUACCGAUCCAUCGGCACAGAUCCAUCUGGAGCUGCAGGCUGAGACUGAUGAUGAUGACAUCUCAGUCAGUUACUGCGCUCUAGAGGGGAAUGUUGUGAAGCUUGUUGCUGAUAAGAUCAAGACAACAUCAGUCUGUGAAUGUGGAGCGAAAGAGAAGUUGUGUGAAGGUCCGACUGACCCAGAAGGGCCUUCAGCCGAAGUGGCAGAGAGCAGCAGUGGCGUGGAUGCUUCUCUUGAAGCCCCUCAGAUCCGCCCAACAGAAAGUACCAAUGGGUGGAUAAACACAAUUGGCACAUUCUUUAAAAGGCUUUUCUGGAGGGAUCCGGCUGUUCCAGAGUCAGUGUGUGUCACAGAUGCAAGCACUCCUGAGCCAACAUCUGAAUUGGAUCUGGUCGAUACCGAGCAAUCAAGUGUCCCAUUUCCAAGUAUUCCUGAGCCGGAACCUGAACCAGAGGAGUCAACUGUCCCAGGUCCAAGCAGUUCUGAGCCAGAACCUGAAUUGGACCUGGUUGAUCCAGAGUCAGGUGUCCCAGGUCCUAGCAGUUCGGAGACAUUGUGUCAGGAGGUUGACAUUGAUGAUGCCAUCUCAGAUUUGAAGAGCCCUACACUGGUUUCUGAAGAUCUGAAGAUGGACGCUUCUCCUGAAACCCCUGAGGAGAACAGCCCAAAAAAAAGAACUAAAGUGAAGAAGAAGAUGCACAAAAUUUGUGCAUUCUUCAAAAGGCUUUUUGGAAAAGAUCGGACUGUUCCAGAGCCGUUGUGCGUUCCAGAUGCGAGCACUCCUGUGCCGGAACCUGAACUGGAUUUGGAUGCUAUCGAGCCAUCAAGUGUUCCAGUUCCAAGCGUUCCUGAACUGGAACCUGAUCUGGAUCUGUUUGAUUCAGAUGAGUCAUCAUGUGACCUGGUUCCAACCAUUCUUGAGCUGGAAGCUGAUCUGGAUCGGUUUGAUUCAGAUGAAUCGUGUGUCCCAGGUCCAAGCAGUGCUGUGCCAAGACCUAAAGCAAGCACUUCCAAGCAGCAUCCAUGUUUCCAAUUGGAAGAGCGUGUGAAGGCCUGUAGAAUGCAUUACAAACCUGUCACUCAGGUCUGGAACAACAUCUUCAUUGGAAAUGAAGAGACAGCGAAGGACCGAAUGAGAAUGAAAGAGCUGGGCAUUACUCACAUCCUGAAUGCUGCGGCUAUGAAAAAGAACCUGAGGAUCUUGUUGGGAAUGCCAUGGGAGCAAGACGUGAAAGACACAGUUGACACCGGGGCCCGUUAUUACAGAGGAAUGAAGAUCCGUUAUUGUGGCUUGCCUACAACAAAGACUUCCAACAUCAGCAAAUACUUCUUGCCAGCUGCCAAAUUUAUCCACAAGGCCAAGGAAAACUCAGAAAAUAAGGUGUUCAUUCACUGCACAGAUGGUGUCAGCUACGCUCCUACACUUUUUUUGGCAUACCUCAUUAUCCACCAAAACAUGACUGUGGAGGAUGCCAUUGAUUAUCUGGUAAAGGUGAAAUACAUCAAGCCCGACAUUGACUUCCUGAGGCAGCUGGCAAUCCUGCAAUGUGGAACUUGUGCACAAGCACAGAUGUAAAAUGGUGCACAGAUUUGUAUAAAAAAAUGCACAGAUCGUAUUUUUUUUAUCUGUGCACUUUUUAAAUAUGCUCAUAUUGAAAAGUGCACAGAUAAAAACAACAGAUCAGAUUUUAGCGAGGUUACUAGGAUCAGGGAAGAAGGAGGCGGGAACCGGAUCCAAAAACGCACUGUCAUCCAGUCCUGCACCUGCUGGGUGAACUCCUCCGCGAUGCCCUCAGUGGACGGCUCGAUACUCUUCCACCGCCUGGUGGCCGCAAGGAGACGGUUUUUCCAUGUUCGGGCAGCCGGCAGGAGUUCCCUGGGACAGGCUCCGGCCUCAGAGAACGGCGGCGACUCCUCCGCUCCCUCACGGACUGCAGGCAGCCGCCCCUCCACUCCCCAGGCGGUUGGCAGCGAAUUCGUCCGUCCCCCUGGCGAAUCACUCCAGUCUCUGCUCGAUGGCACUGCAGAUUCCCCACAGCGGCGAGGACUCUAUGACAGUGCGUUCCUCCUUCCUCCCGGCCUCGCCCCUAAAUUUUAAUAAAAUAUUACAAUUGGUUAA